GGCUGUUGGCUUGUGUGUUAGAAUGUCUGAUGCCAAGAGCGCUCGCGGCUGUCAUUCACUCUGCACGGCCUGACGCACAUAUUACCGGCCAGUACGUUUAUCUUAAAUAUAAUGUGUACUCGCGUAUUAUUGUGACCAGCGGACUCUGAGACGUUUAAAGGAAAAGGUGUGUAUCGGUAUCACUGCAGCAAUGCUGUCCAGACUAAGCACGAGUGUGAGGCCGUGUGUGAGCGUGUGCCGAUGGGUUCACACUAAAGAGAAGGGGAAACCGCUCAUGCUCAACCCACGUACCAACAAGGGCAUGGCUUUCACUCUGAAGGAGAGGCAGAUAUUGGGCAUUCAUGGUCUGUUACCACCAAAGAUCGAGACCCAGGACACCCAGGCUAUGCGUUUCCAGAAAAACCUGAAGAAGAUGUCCGACCCACUGCAGAAGUAUAUCUACCUAAUGGGGAUUCAGGAGAGGAACGAGCGUCUCUUCUACCGUGUGCUCAUGGAAGACAUCGAAGCUCUCAUGCCCAUCGUCUACACGCCAACUGUUGGCCUCGCGUGUACGCAGUAUGGACACAUCUUCAGGAGACCCAAAGGUCUGUUUAUCUCCAUUAAGGAUCAAGGACAUGUUCGUUCCAUAUUGGAUAACUGGCCAGAAACCACUGUCAAGGCUGUAGUGGUGACGGACGGUGAGCGUAUCCUGGGUCUGGGGGAUCUGGGAGUGUAUGGUAUGGGUAUUCCUGUAGGAAAGCUGUGUCUUUAUACGGCCUGCGCUGGAAUCCGGCCUGAGAGUUGCCUGCCGGUCUGCAUUGAUGUGGGCACGGAUAACGAGAAGUUACUGAGGGACCCGUUCUACAUGGGUCUGUACCAGCGGCGUGACCGCUCUCAGCGCUACGACGAUCUCAUAGAUGAGUUCAUGGAGGCUGUGGUGGACAAGUACGGACAAGACACCCUCAUCCAGUUUGAGGACUUUGGCAAUCACAACGCUUUCCGCUUUCUGAAGAAAUACCGUGAAAAGUACUGCACCUUCAAUGAUGACAUCCAGGGCACUGCAUCAGUAGCUCUGGCGGGUUUACUGGCGGCUCAGCGUGUUGUAGGGAAGCCAAUAACUGAACACAAAGUUCUGUUUCUGGGGGCUGGGGAGGCAGCUCUGGGAAUUGCUAACCUGAUUGUCAUGGCGAUGAUGGAGUCGGGGGUGUCUCAGGCAGAUGCCAGAAAAAAGAUCUGGAUGUUUGACAAAUAUGGUCUGUUAGUAAAGGGCAGAGCUUAUGAGACGGAUAGUAAUCAGGAGGCUUUUGUUCACUCUGAUCCAGGGGACGUGAAAAGCUUCUUAGACGCAGUCAAUGUUAUUAAACCCACAGCGAUCAUCGGUGUGUCCGGGGCCGGCCGGCUCUUCACUCAUGAUGUCAUCAGAGCAAUGGGCAGCUUAAAUGAGCGUCCGAUUAUCUUCGCCCUGAGCAACCCCACCGCUAAAGCAGAAUGCACAGCUGAAGAUGCGUACAACCUCACACAGGGUCGGUGUUUGUUCGCCAGCGGCAGUCCAUUUGCACAGGUGUCACUAGAAGAUGGCAGAAUACUGACCCCUGGACAGGGCAACAAUGCUUAUAUAUUCCCAGGUGUAGCUCUGGCUGUUAUACUCAGUGGAGUCCGACACAUCAGUGAUACCGUCUUUCUUGAGGCCGCAAAGACAUUGGCGGAUCAGCUCACAGAUGAAGAGCUGAGUCAGGGCCGACUGUAUCCACCGCUGUCCAAAAUCAGAGAGGUGUCACUACAGAUGGCUGUCAAGGUGGUGGAGUACGUGUACUCAAAUGGAAUGGCGUUCCGAUACCCAGAGCCUGUGGAUAAGGAAGCGUACGUCAGAUCAAUUGUGUGGAACACCAACUACGAUUCAUUCGUGCCCGACAUGUACGACUGGCCCGGGGUUUCUCACAGCCCCAUUGUAGACUAGACGAGCACAUGAGAAAACACCAGACGGAGAGAAACAGAACAAAAACAAGGAAGUCUGAAGGGAGCUUUCAUUCUUCUGUUUUAGGCACUCCUUUUUUUUUUUUUUUGUGCAACUUCUAGUAUUUAUUCAUAUUUCUGGCCCGUUGUUUAAAUUGCAAUUUUUUUUCAGAUGCAUUUUACAAAUCUUGCACAUCUCCAGGUCACAUUUCACUCCAGAAUCAAAAUAAAUAAAUGCAAAAUAAUAUUUUGCAUAAAGAAAAUUAAGCCCGUUUUUAGGAUCAUUAAGAUUUUGUUGCAUUUUGACAUUUUCCUCACAAUGAUGAAGCACUUUUUAAUAAAAUAUGCAAAAAUACUUUAUUCACAUUUAAAAGUAUUUACACAUCAUAGCAUUUUGUUGUAUUUUCUGCCAUUUUCAUUACUUAUUACUGAGAAUCUAAUAAGAAUCCAUUGAGAAUAAUGGGAAUUAAAAAUGAGGAAUUAUAGUGCUAAAUUGUUAUGAAAAUAAUGUCACAAUGCAAAGUAACCUAAUGGUCUAAUUAGGCUUCAUUUAAUUUAAGCAAAAUAUAUAUAUAUAUUUUUUUUUUAUUUUUUUUUUUUUUUUUUUUACUCUGCCCAUUGCUCCUGUGUUGAGUUUAAUGUGCCUUGUCACUCCUCACAUUUGUUUUUAAAUGCUGCGUGCAAUGAAACUUUUUCUAAAAUGAAGUCACACUCCAUUUGUUCAUUGUGUUUGUGUUCGUUUCUUGUUGUGUCUGUAAGAGUCAUUCAUUUCAUAAAGAUCCAUUUAUUUCCUAGUGCAGGAGUAAGUACAGGACAUGAAGGACUAGCGGGGUUUCUAGUAUAUUGCACAAUAUUACAGUCAUUGUAUGCAUUUGUAGCUGUGACAGUUUUUGCGGAUUUACCAGCAAAUAUUUACACACAUAUAUGUGGAUGCUUAGGAUACAAACACAUUCUUUAUAUAUAUUAAAAAAAGGAAAUUAAUGUCAUUAUCACAGAAUAAACCCAAACGUGGUCAUCUCUUUUAACUUAUUACACAGCGACCUCCCAAAUAAAUAAAUAUAUAAAAAUAUUGAUUUGAGUUCAAAUUAUGUGAGAAGAAGAAUGUUGAGUGAUAUUAAAGAUAUAAGACUAUCAGCUACAGUAUGUAGGUUUCAUGCAACAGCAGUAAUUUAUACAUUUGAAUGGUCAUUAUAUUAAAAUAUUUGACUAUUGACCCAUCAGAAAAAAUACCACUGUGGUAUUAUAAGUGCCUGCUUAUAUAUCUUUAUAUAGUCAUCGCUCAUCGUAUGUUAAAGGCCCGUUUACACCAAGAACGAGAACUAUAUUAGCGUCCACACCAUCAGACAUAAUCAUUCUGUUUUUUAAAGGGAUAGUUCACCCAAAAAUGAAAAUUUUCCCAUUAUUUACUCACCCUCAAGCCAUCCUAGGUGUAGAUGACUAUCUUCUUUCAGACGAACACAAUUGGAGAUAUAUUUAAAAAAUACCCUUAGUCCUCCAAUGUUUAUAAUGGUUGUGAAUGGCUGCCCAAAUUUUGAAGACAAAACAAAUGCAUCCAUCCAUAAAAAAAUGAAUCCAUACGACUCCAGGGGGUUAAUAAAGGCCUUCUGAAGCGAAUCAAUGCGUUUGUGUAAGACAAGUAUCUUUAUUUAAAACUUUUCAAAGUAAAAUAAUGAGCUUCCGGCACAACAGCCAUAGGUAUUUGACGUACGUCCAAAAAGCGUUAACUGCCGCGACGUAGUACACAAUGACAUGACGUACUACGCUAUAACGUGUUGUGUAGAACGUGUGGCUGUCGCGCCAGAAGCUCGUUAUUUUACUUUAUAAAGUUUUACACAAACGCAUCGAUUCGCUUCAGAAGGUCUUUAUUAACCCACUGGAGUCAUAUGGAUUAUUAUUAUUAUUAUUAUUAUUAUUAUUUUUAUUUUUUUUAUGGAUGGAUGCAUUAUUUUUUUUUACUUCAAAACACGGGACCUCCGUUCACAACCAUUAUAAACCUUGGAGGACUAAGGAUAUUUUUAAAUAUAUCUCCAAUUGUGUUCAUCUGAAAGAAAAUAGCCAUAGGAUGGCUUGAAGGUGAGUAAAUCAUGGGAUAAUUUUCAUUUUUGGGUGAACUAUCUCUUUAAGCAUGCGCUGCAGUAUUGUCGUCUGCCGCUUUAAAUGCUCGUGCUCUUCAAAGCUGGAUGGAUUCUGAUUGGCUGUCAAUUAGAAUAUAAAAAAGUUCUGAAAGUGAUUCCAACGAUAUAAUUUCUCUGUGCCGUAAUCGUUAUAGUUGUGCUGCUAUUUUCUGCUACGAGUUUUAGAACUAUUAUCUUUAUAGUUAUCGUUCUUGGUGUGAACAGGCCUUAUAUUUUAUACGCCAAUGUAAAUGCAGUAGAUCACAACAGCAACAAAUUUAUAGAUUAUCAUGAUUUACAUUUUCACAGAAGUUUAAAAACUGCUCAUUCAACAGCAUAUCGAACAAAAUAACUACUGAACACUCUCGUAUCCAGGACCAACAACACGUAGAGAUGCUUAGUUUCUGUCAGUCCUACAAUGUCAUUAAUGUGUCUGAAUGCAGUCCUUCCUCAGACCUAGUGGAUUGUGGGUAGAGGUUAUUUGCUAUGUGAUGUUGCCUAGUGUGUGAACAUAGGAGAAUAAAGUGCAGAAUAAACA